AUGAAACUCCCUACACUCCGCUGUCGUACCACGCCAAAUCUGCCGGAGCCGCUGGUUCUCCAGCCGGUUAAGCUGGUUCUCCGGCAGGUUAAGCGACGUUUGAAUGGUCUCGUCGCUAUCUUGCUCUCCAUAUUCUUUCUGUUGUCUCUGAUAGGUCUGAUCGUCAAUAUAAAACCAGAACCUCAAGCUGAAGACGUCGAUACCAAUCAACUUAAGUUUUUGCCUUCGACAUUGGAAUCUCUUGGAGCUUUUACACCACCGUCAAGAUGGGUGUCGCCGGUUGUAUCAGAGACGACUCUCCGGUCAACGGCAACGAUGGCUUUGCAUAGAACAGCUUACCAUUUUCAACCUGAAAAGAAUUGGAUGAAUGGUAGAUCCAAACGGUAUGUCCUCGCAUAA